AUGACGAGCAAAGUGGAAAUGUUUGCCGAACAAACAUUGAAAAGUCAAAAGCUCAAGUGGGACAACUACAUACUUCCCGUGCGAAUUACAGUGUGGACUUGGAAGAUCUGUGCCCUCUACAAUGAGCAACCGCAAGGACUGUUCUAUCGAGCAUACCGAUACAUCUUCAAUUUCGUUCUGAUGGCCGUUUAUCUCUUUGCACUAGUCCUCAAUAUGUUUGUAAUGCAGACAUUCGAGCAACUUGUCCUUUACAUCAUGUACAUCGUGUUCACUGAGGUUGUCAUGGUGUUGAAGGCUUUGAUAACAUACUACAAGUUUGAUCAAAUUUGUCGCUUGUAUCAAUUGACAUUGGGUGAAAAUUUCAAGCCUCAGGAUGAUUUAGAGACAGAGCUUCAUCGUAAAGUACAUUCCACAUGUUGUUGCUCCUUAUUUGUUUUUAUUUGUUUCAUCCAAUUAUCUUUGUAUGACAGAAUGCUUCGGGAAGUAGAGAAACUCUAUUCCCCUGCCUUCUUCGCCCAGUUCAGUGCUAGCGGAUUAGUAAUCUGUGCUACAGCUUUCAACCUAUCGGAGCUCACAGCCAUCCAAAACUUGCUGUACAUGAUCGCAAUGAUGUUCCAAAUGUAUCUACCUUGCCACUUUGGUAAUGAAGUGACACGUAAAAGCAAUGUCCUCAAAACUGCUGUUUACAGCUCCCAGUGGUACAAUAUGCAUCUGAAAGAUCGUAAAAUUAUACUCAUGCUGUUGCAGCGACUGAAUAAACCAUUUACCUUGACGGCAUAUCAUUUCUUCAACUAUAACUUGCAGGCCUACACUACAGUACGUUGAAUAAAAAAGAGUCGACCCAAUAGUAAUAAUUUAACAAUAAACGACCAUUUUCUUCUUGCAGACACUCAACAUGGCGUACUCUGUCUAUGCCUUGCUGCAG